AGUUUUAUUUUGCGUCGUUUUUGGUGCACACAGCGCUUUCGUAUUUUUGUUUUCCUCGUGUUGUUUUUUAAUUGUCCUUGAUAAAUGUAACGCUGCCACUUAUUUCCACACAUUCAGUACGUUGGCUUAUUAAAUAUUUAUAGCACUAGCCUACUACUCCUGCUACUGCUGCACACGCGCAUAGAUACCUUCAAGUAUUUCUCAAGGAUUUCUAGGACAACAACAACGAAGACUAACAGAAAAAAUUAAAAAAAGAGCUGCCCAAAAAUGUCUGUGGCAGGCUUCAGACAGAGCCUCUUGCUCUGGAGUGUUGACUACUGGAAUCUGGAAGCUGUUAUGGCGGACAAUGUGUUCAAGUCGCACGAUAUUGGGUUACGCGCUCAAAAGAAAAUACUCUCACGCAUGGCAACAAAAAAUAUAGCGAAGACCUUUAUUGACGGCACAACGGCUUCAUUGUUGGAUAAUCUCUAUAAGCUUUGCAAGCUACAUACGGGCAAUAAAGCGCGCGCCGAGAAGCUUGUUAAAAACAUAAUCAAAAUAGUUAUUAAAAUUGGUGUCCUGCAUCGAAAUAAUCAAUUUAAUCAGGAGGAGCUGCAAAAUGCCGAGAACUUUAAGCGAAAAUUUCAAAACACACAACUGUCCAUAAUAUCGUUCUAUGAGGUGGACUUCACCUUCGAUUUGUCAUAUUUACAAAAGUCGAUAAAGGAGUCCCAAAUGGCGCUUAAGUCCAUAGUUCAGUUACAUUUAACAGACAAAUCCAUUGGCCGCAUUGAUGAGGUAUUUGAUUUCUUUACCGACGCGGCUCUAUUGGAACUGGCAUUCAAAACGGAUUCACCAUAUCGUGAGGUAAUGGGCAAAAUUGUAGCAGAUAUUAACACAGCCAUGGAAACGGGUGAUAUUUGAGUUGGAUGUGCAGAAGUCGGGCUGCAUUUGCUUUAGAAAGAAGGGGCUAUUAUCAAACCAAAAAGAAAAGGAAACAACAACCAGAUACUAAUAGUUAAUUUAAAAGAGCCUUCUAAGUCCACCAAAUAGCAAGUAAAACACACAAGAAAAAAGACAAACACGCAUCGAAAAGCAAACAACAACAAACAACUUUUUUUAAAUUGAAUUGGUGUGAUAUUCACAAUUUAAACAAUUAACAUUAUUUAAGUAGCUAUCGAAAACUAGAAGAAAAAAACGUCCAGAUUGAUUUAUUUUAAGUCAAUGUUAAAACAAUUUGUUUAGAUUUAAGUAGAAAUGCAUUUUGCCAAAGGAAUUCACAAGCAAACAAACAAAAGAAAAAACUCAGAAAUGUAAGCGCAUCAAAAUGCUUUUUAUCGUCAAUGUAUUUGUCGUUGAUUGUAUUUGUAAUUUGUAAUACGUAUAUCUAAGUCGUAUGUGAAAGUCUGUCUAAAUAUUGCAUAUGUGUAGUUAGAUAUUUGAUACUUUUGUGUUUAUUCGUCUGUUUUGAUAUACUCCAAAACUCGCCUUUUGAAAUGCAAUUAUAUACUCGCUAUCUGAGAAUUUAUCACAGACAUAUAUGAACAUAUAUCCAUGUACUUAAAAUCGUUCCGAAAUGACAUUUAGUUUUGCUGAUCUCCGCAACAACAAAAAUUUAAUUUUCCAAACCACACGCAUAGUAAAUUGUUAAAAAAAAAGGUCUAUAUGCCACUGUUUGAUAGUACAUUUUUUUACGUAUAUAUUUAUUUCUUAUUAUGUAUUCCGACCUCAGAGCCACAGGCCCGAGGUUCAAUAACCUUAAGCAUUAUUUAUGAUAUUCCCAAUUGUUUGAAAUAGAUAUUUAGUAUAAAUACCCAGAACAUAUCAUAAAAUGGCUGGCAACAAAAUAUCAAUAUAUAUAUACAGUGUUAUAUAUAUAUGUUAGGUAAAUGGGACAAUAAACUGUUCGCUUAACAAGGAAGAAGGAAAAAUAUUGUCGCAUAUAUUUUGGAUAUUAAAAUUGAUGGGAUUAAAUUUAUAGUUAUUUAGGUUUUUAAAACAUCGUGUAUUUAUUUGUUUAGAAAACAAAUCUUUUGUUGACUCCCAAUAAAAAGCAACGAUUAUAAUUAUAAAACAACUCAA